AUGUCAAACGGGGACAGAGUUGUUUUAGCACUGGGCGGUGCUGGCACGGUUGGAUCUGGGGUAGUGAAAGCACUCCUGGAUAAAGGUUUCAAAGUUGCUGUGAUCUCCAGAGACAGCAGUAAACUAGAGAGACUCAAAGGCUUUGUCUCUGCUUCAACCAAAAGCAACCUGACUACACUGGUGGGGAAUGUUGGCUCUGAGGAAGGAGCAGAGGAGGUGAAGCAGGCUUUGCUGAAAUCUGUUGGUAAAGUGACGGACGUGGUGUCAUCUCUAGGCUUCAGCUGGUGGCAAGGAGGUCCUCCACACACUCAGCCUCUGAAAGAACUUCACUGGGUCAUUGAGACUCUGCUGUUCAGUACCUUUGUCUCAUGGAAAGCCUUUUUUCCUCUCGUAAGGGACGAUCCUAACUGCACCUACACCUUUAUCACAGGAGGUGCAGGGGAGAAACUCCUCAUGCCCGGCACUGGGUUCCUGACAGUCGGGGCAGCGAGCGCGUUGGCGUUCUGUCAGGUUCUCCGGGAGGAGUACCCAGAUGUCCCCUGCAAACUCAACCAGGUGAAGAUUAACACAGGAGUUGCGGCUCCAGAGCGCAUGGCACCGGGCUAUCUGAGCCAUCUGGAUCUAGGAGAAGCAGUAGCCACCCUGGUUGAGCGAAGGAACAAAUCCCAUUCGGUUUUCGCCAUCAACUGCCCUGCCGACCUAAAGACUGUUAUCCUGGAGGGGAACCUGUAG